GACCAAUUCCGCCUUCUAUCGGCAAUCUGUCCAAUCUAGUCUUUCUGGACCUAUCAGACAACAAACUUGAGGGUCCCAUUCCUGUCUCUAGUAGGACUACAUCUGGUCUUGAUAUGUUAAAUAAAACAGAGCACUUGUAUGCCCCCUCUAGUUAGUACUUUUGAGUUGAUUAACUAUGACUAGUAUUGUACUCUCCAAUUCAUGUCCAACUCAUUUUUUUUCUCUUUAAAUACAGUCAUUUUUCAAAUAACCAGCUUUCAGGCAAUAUCCCCCCUCAACUCUUCAGCUCAGAGAUGGCUCUUAAACAUUUGAUGUUAGACCGAAAUAAUUUAGAUGGCAGCAUCCCAUCUAAACUCGGACUGGUGAAAACUCUGCAGGCAAUACGCCUUGAUAGGAAUUCUUUAAGCGGGACUGUGCCAUCAAACCUCAACAAUCUUCGGAACGUAGCUGAAUUGCACUUGUCCAACAAUAUGCUGAGUGGCCCGGUGCCGAACCUUACUGGCAUGGAUUCCCUCAAUUAUGUGGACAUCAGCAAUAAUUCUUUUGAUGCAUCAGAGUUUCCGAAUUGGUUUUCAACCUUGACGUUUUUGACAACAUUAAUGAUGGAAAACAUAGGACUUCAGGGACAAGUUCCUCGAGCCCUUUUCAGCCUUGAAUAUUUGGAGUCAGUGGUUCUAAGAAACAACAAUCUCAGUGAUUCAUUGGAUAUUGGAACCAAUUAUAGCAAACAAUUGGAGCUAGUUGAUCUGCAGAAGAACAACAUUGUCGUUCUUGCACAGAACUAUGAUGGAUCCAACUACACGCUGAUUCUAGUUGAAAAUCCAAUUUGUGAGGGAAGCAAGUACAACAUGGCAAAGAAGUACUGUAAUAUUUCUCCACCAGAUUCCUCAAUUUCAACUCCAGGAAGUAACUGUCUUACUCCUGUCUGUAAAUCCGACCAGGUUGCUUCCCCCAACUGUAAUUGUGCAUUUCCCUACACACAGACUCUAGUCUUCUUAUUUGUUUCUUACUCAAACUUGGAAGACGUAAACUAUUACAUUCUUCUCGCGGAAAAUCUCACAAGAUCAUUACAGUCCCUCAACCUUCCUGUGGAUUCAGUUUCUCUGAGUUAUCCUAAAUUGGACUCAUCUUCUCAACUUGAACUGACAAUACAAAUUUUCCCAUCUGGUGGUCAAGUUAGCUUCACCCAAGCAGAAGAGUCAGCUAUAUCAACUGUUCUUAGCAACCAGACUCUCGGUGCAAGUCCAAGAUAUUUUGGACCCUUCUCUUUUCUUGUUCUUUACACCAACUCUGGAGGAUCAAACAAGGCCGUGAUAAUAGGUACAGCAAUUGGUGGCUGUGUGCUCCUUUCAUUAUUAGUCCUUGUAGGGCUUUAUGCUCUCCAGCAGAAGAGGAGAGCCGACGAGUCAUUGAGUGGAUCAAUACUUUUGCAGACAGGGAUUUCAAACAGCAGUGCUAGUGGUCCUCAACUAAAAGGAGCAAGAUUGUUCUCAUUUGAAGAGCUCAAGAAAUGCACCGAUGGUUUUUCAAAAGCAAAAGAUAUUGGAUCUGGUGGUUAUGGCCAGGUAUAUCAGGGAAUUCUUCCUACAGGCCAGAUGGUUGCCAUAAAAAGAGCUAAAAGGGAAUCUAUGCAGGGAGGAGUUGAGUUCAAAGCCGAGGUUGAGCUCCUAUCACGAGUACAUCAUAAGAAUCUUGUUGGCCUUGUUGGUUUUUGUUUUGAACAAGGAGAACAAAUAUUGGUAUAUCAGUAUGUUCCAAAUGGUGAUUUAAGGGACAGCCUAUCAGGGAAGUCCGGAAUCAGGUUGGACUGGAUGAGAAGACUUCAAGUAGCACUUGGUGCGGCGAGAGGUCUGGCAUAUCUUCAUGAACUUGCAAGCCCAACCAUUAUACACCGGGACAUCAAAUCAAACAACAUUCUACUCGAUAAAGAUUUAAAUGCAAAAGUUGCUGAUUUUGGUCUCUCCAAGUCAAUUGCUGAUAGUGGAAUGGACCACUUAUCUACUCAAGUUAAAGGGACACUGGGCUACUUGGAUCCUGAAUAUUAUAUGACUCAACAGUUGACUGACAAGAGCGACGUGUAUAGCUUUGGCGUGGUAAUGUUGGAGCUGAUAACUGCUAGAAGGCCAAUAGUGCAAGGGAAAUAUAUAGUGAGAGUGGUACAGAUGACAAUGGAUAAGUCGAAAGAUUUGUACAACCUUGAUGAUAUUCUUGAUCCAUUCAUUGGUUUAGGAACAGAGCUGAAAGGUGUAGAAAUGUUUGUUGAUUUGGCAAUGGCUUGUGUAGAAGAAUUAGGGGAUAAAAGACCAAGAAUGGGGGAAGUGGUGAAACAGAUAGAGAACAUUAUACAAAUCGCUGCUUUCAACGCCGGUACCAAUCCAUUGCCCACUUUAGCAAGUUAUGAGGAGUAUGAGAGAAUGGACAGCACCACGGAUCUUUACAGCAGACCCUUUGAUUAUAGUGGAGCUUUUGACGGAUGAAGGUAGAAGUUUAGUGAAUAUGAUAAUACUUUUAUAAAAUUGAAGUUGAUAAAUUUGGAUUGUUUAUUAAAUUUUAAUACCUUAAAUUGAUUUGAAUGAGAGAUUUGUGCUAAAUAUGGAACUGUACGUAGGUUGUAUUCAGUAUCAUAUGAAUAAUAAAUAGACCAGCUGAAAUGGACUGCUUCUCUCUUGUCUUGGAGAGA